GGUUACAUUCUAGUUGUGGUAGUGAGCAGUGUUACAGGUGCGGCAGCAGGUGCUCUCUUCACUGUCGUCUCUGCUCUUCGACGUUCCUGGUCAGGAUGCAGAGUGUUCAUCAUGGGUUGUGGAAGCUCUGUGGUGCAGCUCUUCUCUUUAUCUUUGCAAUGGUUUUCCUCACAAUAUUUUUCACUAUUGGCACCAGUAAAUACCCAUUGCAAGUAAUAAACUUUUAUGAUGCAGAUAUUAUAAGGAAUAUAUUUGGUGAACGAGUUUUAACUGAGAAGACAUACCAAGGGGCGUCCCAGGAGGACCCAGCUUUGAUUUCCUACAUCCGUCAUCUGUUAAUAUCACCCACAAACAAACCCUACAAUCUCAGUAAUCCUGGGACACAACAUUUCUCCGAGUCUGGUCAGUCGAGAUACGCAGAUGGAAACAUUCUGAUGGGCAUGAAAUAUGGAUUCUUCGUCGAGGCAGGAGCUGUGGACGGAGAGUUCCACAGCAACACACUGUUCUUGGAGAGAAACCGCGGCUGGACGGGACUCCUCAUAGAACCAAACCCCAAGACCUUCCACCAACUUUUGUUUAAAGAAAGGAAAGCUUUCUCAAUAAACGCUGCACUUGCCGUCAAAAACUAUUCCACUGAAAUUACUUUCACACCGAGUGGAGAUAAAGGAAUUUCUGGACACAUUACAAACUACAACAACAUUGGUAUAAAAAUGAAAGCAUUGCCACUGUAUUCUAUCCUGAAGGCAAUGAAUGCCACGUUUGUUGACUUCUUUUCUCUCGCCAUUGAAGGUUUUGAGAUGAAGGUACUGCGAACACUUCCUUGGGACAAGAUCAAGUUUCGUCUCAUGUGUGUAAAAAUCAACCGUAUUCCGGAGGGAUCUAAGGCUCUCAUCAAGUUCAUGAAGAAGCAAGGUUACAACUUUAUUGGUAUCAAAGAUACUGAUGCCUGGUUCGGCUGGCCAAAACUCUUAAAUCAAGCCUAAAAAAAGUACAUAAAACUUGUAUCACAACCUUGCAUCAUGUUAGUCAGGCUACAACAAGAUUGCUGAAUAAUGACUGAUUAUGAGAAAAAUUA